AUGAAAGUUCAACUUUCUUUUCUGCAUUCUUUUGCAAGAUCCAUCUCAUCUCCAUCUUAUACUCUAUCUCAACAAUAUAUACCUGUUAAUAUAGUGAUUAGCUCAAAGAAGAUGUCUUAUGGUGAUGAAUUGGACGAGGGUUUAGAGUAUGAGUUAGAACCCAUCUUUGAUUAUAGCGAUGCUACCGGUCAGACCAGUAGUAAGGAACAACUUAAUAUAGAGGGUAAUGAAGAAAAUGCAAUCAAGAAAGCUUCCUUCACUAGCAGAAGUGACAAAAGACCUAUUUCUGACGACCAGGAUCAUGAUAUGAAUAGUGGUCAAAAGCCUCUUAGUAAGAGACAGAAAAAGCUUUCAGCUUCAAAACUUCAUCAAAAGAAGAAGGAAAGAAUGGAAUUUGAAAUUGAACAGAAGAAGCAAAUUCCUGGCAAAAGUCCACAGGCAAUAGUGGAUUACAUUGCGAGUGUUAUUAGAGAGAAGAACCCGGACCUUAGUGCCCUGGAAUUGGAAGAAAUUUACCUUAAGAAGUCAGAUUUUGUGUCGACUGAAAGCUAUGAUAAGGGACGUAAUUUAGCAACGUUCCAAGAAUUCGCCAACAGUUACAGUAAAGCGCCAAUGGCAAUUGUGUUUGCUGUAUCGAAUAUUCGUGUAGCCGAUCUUUUUAGGAGUCUUGGUGGCUCUGCUAGUGCUUUAAAGCUGUUUUCCAAGAGCAAAUUAAAAGAAGAUUUGGAAAAGGUGGAUAGAUUAUUGGGCAAGGGAACUUUAACAUCAACCGAUAAUAGAAGAAAUAAAAAAAUAAAAAAAAUGGAAUCACCAUCCACUGCCAUUAAAUAUUAUAUAUCUACUCCUGCUAGGAUGGCAAAACUUUUCGAACAAACUGAUCUGUUUUUUCAAGGAAAGCAUAAAUUGGACAUUAUAUUAGAUGCAUCAUAUCUGGAUCCAAAAACCAACUCUUUAUUUACUUCUGAAGAUGGUACUCUGCUGUGUAAGGUACUAAACACUCUUCUAAAAAAAAAAGUUCUGUGA